UAAGUUUACAAGCCCGACGGACGAUACCGAUAGCGGCGCUUAACUUCUUGGAUCUCUUGCUACCGACAGACCUUCGUACCCAGCCCGUAGAAAAGCUAUGGAAAUAGCUCGCGCGAAAGAGCUUCCGGGGGAACUCUUAUAUAUACAAUACGAACAUGCACUAGAAGAAAAGUAUCUACCCGCUAUCCGGGCCUUGAUUUCGAAAGAUCUCAGCGAGCCCUAUAGCAUAUAUGUUUACCGGUAUUUCUUGUACCAAUGGGCUCACUUGUGCUAUAUGGCACUUAAUCCUGUCGAUAAAUCUCUUAUGGGCGUCAUCAUCUGCAAACUCGAACAUCAUGCCUCGCAUUCACCCCCGACCCAUCGAGGUUAUAUAGCUAUGCUCGCCGUAUCGUCUGCCUUCAGGGGUCACGGCAUAGCCACGGCGCUAGUGAGGAUGGCGAUCGAUGCAAUGGCUGAGCGCCAUGCCGACGAAAUUGUCUUAGAGACCGAAGAAACGAACGUACCGGCUAUGAGACUAUAUGAGCGGUUGGGAUUCUUACGAUCGAAGAAGCUCCAUCGAUACUAUCUAAAUGGUAAUAGCGCUUAUAGGCUUGUACUACUCUUGAAGUCGGCAGACCUCGAACCUGGCCAGCAACCUGACUAGAGGCGGGUUGGGUUACUUCUAUACCGUCGGCGCGUGAGCCGUGGAUAUAUUAUGAUUAGAACUAGCAUGCAGAACGCAUGCAGAACGCAUGCAGAACGCACGCAGUCUCAACGGUGUUUCAGACUAUCAGCAAUUUAUUGAGUCUCCCGAAAGACUACUGUGGAAGGAGGGAGGGUGGUACGACUAGGGUGCCGCAAGACCAAGCUGUGGAAUUUGGAUGAUAUUAGCAUGGAAGGUCAAUGCAUUGGUGGCGUUAAAAGGGUAGUAAGUAAGCAUUGGGAUCCUAUUUGGGUCACAUUCAGAUUAGUACUUGUACUUCUCAAAGUCUCUGAUUAUGCAUGAAGCAAGCUUUCGGUGGCAAAGGGUAUCUCGACGAAUUCAACUAUUUUCCAUGAG